GUCUCCCUCUCCCAAACCACCACCAUCUCCCUUCCGCCGUUUAGGCCAGCACGGUAGAGUCCUCCAGUUCCCUCCAGGACCUUAUAAACAAGCGAUAAACCCCAAUCAAACGCUGAUACAUCACCUUUUCGUCAAACUAUACGAUGUCUGUCAGGAAAACUGCAUCCGCUGCGAAACCGGUCAAGAAAAUCGCCUCAAGGCCCGCGGCUACUCAUCCAAGCUGGAUUGACAUGAUAAAGGAGUGUAUUUCUGCUAACCCGGACGACGCUCGCUCCGGUGUUUCCCGUCCUCAAAUUAAGAAGUAUGUCGAGGACAAGUAUAAACUCCAGAUUGGCAAUGCCCAGAACACGCAAUUGAGCAAGGCAAUUGCCACUGGCGCCGAAAAAGGCGCAUUCCUCCUACCCAAAGGACCUUCCGGCCGAGUCAAGCUUCCUCCCAAACACGUUAAAACCGAUACUUCUGCUACUAAAGAGAACAAGCCUGCAUCAAAGACCGUAGCAAAGCCUACAGCAAAGGCUGCUGUCAAACCGAAGGCUGCAAAGACCGCUUCGGCGAAAGCUACCACCGCUAAGAAGCCCGCAGCGAAACCUAAGGCCACUACGGCUACCAAGGCGGCCCCAGCAAAGAAGCCAGUGCACCUAAAGCUGCUGCCGCAAAAUCUGUACCCACGAAAGCGAAAACCACUGCCCCACCGAAAAAGACUUUGGCAGGGAAGAAGACUGCCCCCGUAAAGAAGACUACCACUGCGGCCAAGAGAGGUUCUGCUAAGAAGGCUGUCACCGGAUCUUCUGCCUCUGCCAAGGCAAAGGUCGCAGCUAAAAGGACACCAGCGAAGAAGGUUGCUCCUAAAGCUUCGGCCUCAACAACAAGUAAGAGAAAGACUACCAAGAGAGCGUAGUUUCUUUCUUCAACACCUCCACUGUCGCUGUUUGUCUUAUUGUGAUAUACACGUCUCUCCGUCGUCGAUCUUAUGGUAUAAGUAGGACUAUGUUUUCUUCAUUUAUUCUGUCUUACCUACUUUAUCCACUGUGGUCUCAUACAUGUGGCUUUAUUGUCUGUUACAUCCAG